AAUACGUACGAUACCUGGUGCAUCAUCUAAAAGACUCUUAAUUCUUUUGAUUACAGCCUUUUGAUCGUGUCCUAAAUUUAUUACGGAAUGAUUUCUCAACUUCUUUUGCAAAUACCCUUUUUCUUUAUUUGCAGGAUUUUUCGAUCAAAUUAUCAACUUCAUACAUCUACACUUUAUACUGGGUAAAUAAAAUAGAGAUAGAUGCUUUGAUCACUUUAUCAUUAAUGGCUUGCCUAUCCCGAUAUUAAUGCUCUUUCUUUAUUUUCCUGAUCAUCAGACUAAAAAAGAAAGAAACAAACAAAGAAAGAAAUACCUUACGAUCAAUAGAGCUGGGAGACGUACAGUGAAUACCUACUAGUACAUUUUAGGUAACAAAGUUUGCAAUACGUAAAUGUAAUCAGGUUCCUGUAAUAAGACAGCUAGCUUAAUUAAUUGAUUCAUAUACAUAUAUAUGAUCUCACUGUAGCAUGCAUUAUAAAGGCGCCAUUAGGCAACACCAUUUUCCUCACCGAAUAUAUCUUAAGAAUUUGAAAAUGAUGAUUCUGUGGGCACUUAUCGUACUCAUCAACAACAAUGCUUGUAUCUAUGGUCGGCAGUUGGAGCACAAUAAUCCAGCUGUACCAGUAAUGUCAGCAGCAUCAAGGUUCCUGCUUGAGAGCGCACCUGCAAAAACUCCUCUUCUUGAGGAGGGUACCAGAUGGGCUCUGUUGGUGGCUGGUUCCAGGGGUUAUGUAAACUAUAGGCAUCAGGCUGAUGUAUGCCAUGCGUUCCAAAUACUGAAGAAAGGUGGACUGAGAGAUGAAAACAUGAUAGUAUUCAUGUAUGAUGAUAUUGCAUUUAACGAAAACAAUCCCAGGCCUGGUGUUAUUAUUAACAGUCCAGGUGGUCAUGAUGUCUAUGGAGGAGUCCCCAAGGAUUACACUGGAAUUAAUGCGACAGUCGAAAACCUAUAUGCUGUUAUACUUGGGAAUAAAAGUGGUGUUACCGGAGGCAGUGGAAAGGUUCUUGGUAGUGGUCCCAACGACCAUGUUUUCAUAUUUUAUACUGACCAUGGAUCUCCUGGAAUAAUCGAGAUGCCUUGUGAUGAAGUCGUUUAUGCUGAUGAUCUCAUCAAUGUCCUCAAGAGAAAGCAUCAAGCCAAUGCAUAUAAAAGCAUGGUAUUUUAUCUGGAAGCCUGUGAAUCUGGUAGUAUGUUCGAAGGUCUUCUUCCCAAGAGUCUAAAUAUUUAUGCAAUCACAGCAUCAAACUCAACAGAGCCCAGUAUGGCGACUUACUGCCCCGACUACAACCAUACUUCUACGACAUCAUAUGAAUAUGAUGUUUGUCUAGGGGAUGCCUUUAGUGUUUCUUGGAUGGAGGACAGUGAAAAACACGAUUUACGGUCUGAGACUCUGGGGCAUCAAUUUCAAGUGGUUAAGAGCAGGACAGCAGUAGAAACCCCUGAUGGCGGUUCCCAUGUUAUGCAGUACGGCAAUACGUUACUUAGUAAGGAAAUCUUAUACACAUAUAUGGGUACAACUAUAAUACCAAAUGAUACUUACACUUGGGAGGGUGCUGCUCCUCCAACCCUCAAAUCCGUAAGCCAAUGGGAAGCAGACCUCCUCCAUUAUAAGCACAAGGUAAUUAGGUUGAUGUAUAGUAUAUCCACUAUGAUUGAAGUGCGUGACGUGGUUGAUUAUUCUACUGUGAGGCUUCAAGCGCAGAAACAGUUACUUGAGGAGAUCAAUAGCAGGAUGCUUGUAGACAACAGAGUAAAUCAAAUUACCACAUUUCUUUUGGGCACUCAACGUGACAUUUCAAUGUUGCACACUGCUCGACCAAAAGGAAUGCCCCUUGUCGAUGACUGGACCUGCCUUAAGACAAUGUUUUUAUUCUUUGCUCACUCACAGGUAAAAGUAUAUGAGGAGAAUUGUGGAUCUUUGUCGAGGUAUGGAAUGAAACAUAUGCGAACAUUUGCUAACAUGUGUAAUGCAAGGAUUACAGUAAAGGAGAUGAAUGCAGCAGCAGCAAGAAUCUGCAAAUGAAUUUCUGCCUUUUUACAAAGAAGCAGCUUUCUGUUACCAACUCAAGAUCCUUUAGUAUAAGUUUUAUUAUACUCUGUUGUUGUU